AGAUGAUUAUGAGCAUUCUGAAUUAAAUGACGGUACUUUGUUUGAACCUGUAUGUAAAGGGUGGUUACAUAGUUCUCUUUGCAAAUUUAUGUGUAAUAUCCUGACGGACACAAAAGUUGAUUGUAUAUUUGGCUCUUCAGAAGAAGUUGAAUAUGAUAGUGAGAAGAGAAAGGAAAAAACAAUAGGUGAUACUUGUUUUGUUUUUUUGGCUAAAAGGGAGGAGGAGGAUGGUAAAAUUUCAUUUGAAAAUGAAAAUGUAGUGCCUGAAGAGAGUGAUGAACUUGAUAGCGAAUAUGUUCUUAGUGAUUCAAGUGACGAUUUUUCCGACUUGGAAUUUAGUUCCCUUUCUCUUCUUGACUUAUCAGAUUCUGAAGAAAAAGAGAGCGAAGGUGUGUGUGCUAGAAAAAAUGCAUACCUGUCUGAUAUUAUGCAAGCAACUUCAGAAGAGGAUGAUUUUUUAUUUUCUUCUGCUCAUGCGGAGAUACUUGAUAAAGAAGAUGAUUUUGAUUCUGACAAAGAAAAUAAAAGUUUAGGGGUAACAUUUUUCGGUCUCUCCCGCGACCCCACACAGGGUAAUUUUCUGCCUAAUUUUUCUUCAAUUUGUGAAACAGAAAGUGAUCUAGAUUCUUACCAUAUACGAUCUGAUGAUGAGAUCACAUUAUGUUCUGACAUUUUAUCAGACAUGGAAGUUGAUAAAGAUGAUGAAAACUCAUCAUACUCUGAAUCAUCCCAAAAUGAUGAGAAGGAAGGUGUUUUUGAUGGUGAAGUGUUAUUCGAAAGUUAUUUUGGUAUUGAAGGUUGUUGCUGCUCGCCAGAAGAUAAACCAUUAGGUAAGCUAAGGGAUGAACUUACAGGAGACAAUGAACAUAACUUACCUCCUACUCACGCACACCCCCAUGUAAAGGGUUCUGAAGCACAGGAAAUAGAAGGCAUAUCCUUGGACGAUCUGAAUUUUAGUGAAAUCAAAACUGAUGAAUUUUGUGACACAUUUUUGAAUCUCCUUGAAAUCAUUUAUGCAGAAAAUUUAACUGAAGAGGAAUUUUCUUCUGUGUAUGUUAGAGAUGUUUAUGAUGUUCCUGAAUGGGGGGACAGCAGUGAGGGGAAUGAUAUUAGUUUUGAUGAAGGUGGUGAUAAUAAUAGUGAGGGACCCCCCACUCUUCUCACACACACACAUGUUGAUCAUGUUGAAAUAGAUGGUGGUGAUGGUAAUAUAUCUGAUAAUGUUCAUGACGACACUGACGGGCAUGUUGAAGAUGACAUGGAGGUUAAAGAUGUAUCUGGUAGUUAUACAUUAAAUGUUAGCAAUGGCAGUGAUGAUUUAAAUGAAAAUGACAUAAAGAUUUCUGAAGAUGAUGAGGUUCUAGGAUAUGGCAUUGAAAGUGCUGAGAAGCCAGUAGAUAGUAUUACAAGACAUUUACGGGACGAGUUGUUUUUUGGUGAGGGUGUACAUGGACUCUCUGGAUCCGGGGAAACUUCAAUUUCUAAGGCUGAAAACAGAAAUCCAGAGGUAGACAAAUUCUUCGAGGAGAGAAAAAGAAAAUUAAAAGCGACUGGGGGGCAAGAGAAAGAAGUUGUACGUGCGUCAGAGGUGAGCCUGAAAGUUAGCAGAAAAAAGAAAAGAAAAUUAAAACCGAUUGAAACUGGGCCUUUGCCAUGGAGUUCACCUCAUGAAGAAAUAGCAUCGUGGGACUAUAUAUAUUCAUCAAGUGGUUCUCUCGAUGAGUUAGAUAUUGAUUAUUGCGCUGAUUGGCUCGCUAGUGCUGAAGCAAGUGGAAGUGAAUAUGAUCUAUUUGGCCUCUCAUCAGCUGAAGAGAGAGCUUAUUCAUCUGAAAAAGUUGACAAUAGAUCAACUACCUCCACAACACUAAAGGAAUUUGAUUUCAAUGACUUCUUAACAAAUAUUAAAAAAGAUGAUGCUUUUUUACCACCAACUAUCAAAAAUCGUUUAAAGGUAUAUGAUGACUAUUUUUCAAAAAUUAUGCUUGAUGCAAUGCAAGAGACUUCUCAAACUGACAUUGACAUGAUUGAUUUGACAGAUAAUGUUGCAGAAAAUAUUGAUAACCAGAGAAGAUCUCAAGCCACAAUGGAAAGCAUUCUGUCUUGUACAAAACGUCUCAAAUGUGAUUUCAUUAUAAAUAGCCUUGAUAAGCUUGAACUAAAUGAUCAUUCUGAUGAUGACUUGGGUGACAAUGUAAUUUGUUCCAUAAUGGAAGAACCUGGAUCUAUUUCUCUUGAGGAACUUACUAGCUAUGUGGAAGAAGAGCCCAUUGAUUCCGAUCCUGAAGCAAUUGAUCAAUCAAAAUCUUUAGAGAAGAAGAAAAAGAAACAUUUAAAUAAGACUCAGAAACAUAAUUGCAAUCCUAUCCCACCUAAAGGAGAAAGAUGUGUUGAUCCUGAGGAUGAAUUUGCAAAAUUUGUUGAAGAAUUAAUAGAACCCAUUUUUUCUGUUGAAGCAAAAUCCUUUUUUACUGAUAUACCACAGUCAGUUGAUCCAAGCAAAGCAGAAUCUUCAAAAUGUUCAAAGAAUAUGAAAUAUUCUAAAAAGACACAUAAACAAAAGCGGAUACCCAUCCCAUUUAAACGAGUAAGAUUUGCUGUUCCUGACAAGGAAGAAACCAGUAAUUCUGUUGGAGAAAAAUCGGCUAUCAUUGACAAACUAAAAUCCAUUUUUUUUGUCAAAGCAAAAUCUGUUGACUCUGAUAUACCUGAAUCGAUAUUUUCUAGUGGAGCAGAGUCUGUUGAUCCAGGUAAAGCAGGGUUUUCAAAGUUUUACAAGAAGAAGAAAAAAUCUAAAAGGACACAUAAAAAACAAAAGGGGAAUUCUAAAAUUCCACCUAAAGAAGCAAAAUCUGCUGACCUUGUUGAUGCAGAAAACCUUUUUUUUGUUACAACAAAAUCUAGUGAUUCUGACAAAGCAAAAUCUGUUGAUUCUGACAAAGCAAAAUCUGUUGAUUCUGACAAAGCAAAAUCUGCUGAUUCUGACAAAGCAAAAUCCAAUGAUUCUGUUGGAGAAAACUCUGCUGAACCUAAUAUUGCAGAAUCCAUUGAUCCUAGCAGAACAGAUAAUCAAUCAAAGCCUAAGACUUUAGAGGAAUUUCAACAAAUGGUAAAGCAGAAAAUUGAUUCCUAUAAAAAAGAGGCAAAGUCUGCUGAUCCGAACAAAGCAAAAUCUAUUAAUUACAGAAGGGAGCUUCAUGAAAAACUUGAUAAAGCAAUAUCAAAGAUUUUUACCAAAAUAGAAGCAUUAUUCACAGCCUCUGAAAAAUAUUUUGUGAGGAUGCAUAUUUUGAAGGAAUCAAAUGAUGCUUUUUUUUUUUCUCUCUUUAGUUCAGGACUCUUGUAUGAAGCGAAACAGGUUGUACCAUAGUUGUCUGUAGUAGAUGUUUAAAUACAUUUUAGUAAAUCUUAACUAAGGCGAAGCCCUUGAUCACUUACAGGAGUAGUUCUAAGACUCUCUCAGUUGUUUGCCAAAGGGGCAGUUACAGUAAGAGGUAAUUUGUGAUUUAAAAAAAAAAGAAAAAAAAAAGAAUUUGAAUUUUGACAUCUUGAAUUCAAAUUAUGUUUUUUACAAUCACGAGUGGGUGUAUGUAGGCGUGUGUGUUUGUGUGUGUAUGUGUAUACGUGCCUAUUUGUGUAUGUAUCAGUGUGUGUUUGCGUCUGUGUGCAGGCAUGAGUAUGCGGGUAUGUGUGUAGGUGUGUGUGUAGACGUGCAUGAUUGUGUCUGUGUGCAGGCAUGAGUUGUUAUAUUUGCAAUGAAUUGGUCAUAAAUGAUAAGCCUACUGAUAGUGAUAUGGUUUGGCUGGAGUUGAUGAGCAGUAAGGGCAUAAAGCUACGCUUUGGAAACAUUUAUAGGCCACCUAAUUCAAACCAGGGACAAGAUGAACAGAUGUACCGUAUUAUUAGUGACAUGUCCAGUAAGGGAUCCGUUAUCAUAAUGGGGGAUUUCAAUUUUCCGGGUAUUGAUUGGAAUAAUUUUUAUCCUGGUAAUGGCAAAGAAGAGGAAUUUUUAAAAGCAAUUGGUGACUGUUUCUUAGAUCAAGUAGUAACUCAGGGAACUCGAGAGGAGGCGAUGUUGGAUCUAGUUUUUUGUGACAUAGGUAGUUUUGUUCCGGGGUUGUGUGUAGGGGAGCAUAUUGGAGAUAGUGAUCAUAACAGCAUUAGGUUCCGGGUUAAAUUUGAAGUGUGCAAAGAUGAUAAGGUUUGUGCCCAAUUUCAGAAACACUGAUUUUGUUGCACUUAGGCAGACCUUGAAAGAGGUUUUUUUGUCAGGAUUGGAAAAUAGCGACGUAGAUCAGCAGUGGACGGAAUUUAAGGAUAAACUUGCUAAAACGGUUGGGGACUAUGUUCCAUUUAGGAGAAAAGGUGUUAGUACCAAAAUUUGGCCCAUGUGGUUCUCCAGGGAGACUUAAGAAGCUCUUAAUUAUAAGCAAGCCCUUUUUCGUAAGUUUAAAGAAACUGGUCAGAGUGCGGAGAGGCUCCAGUAUGGUAAGGCAAGGCGAAAGUUUAAGUAUUUGGUACGGAUUCAGAAAAGGGAAUUGGAGCAAAGGCUGGCAGAUGACAUUGAUGGGAACCCUAAGAGGUUUUUUGCUUACGCUAAUUCUGGGAAAGUUCGAAACAGUCAAAUUGGGCCUUUGGUUGAUGAGUAUGGAAAUUUAAUCCAAAAUGAUAAGGAUAUUGCAAAUGUUCUAAAUAACUUUUUUUUCCAGUGUGUUUAACGAUAACUGUAUCUCAACAGUUGACACUAACAAGACACAAGCUAUUAUACAGCUUGAGGAUUUUGUAUUUUCCAGGGAGGAGGUUUUAUUUCAUUUGAAAAAGAUUAAAGCAACUAAAGCUCCGGGACCAGAUAAUAUUUAUCCAAAAAUUUUAGUUGAAUGUGCAGAGGAAUUAGUGGAUGUUAUUUUGAAUAUUUUCAAUGCUUCUUAUAACUCGGGGACGGUGCCAGAGGACU